CCCGAAGUGGCAAUUUCCGAGCUGUCUCAGUCGCCACCAAACUUGGUUUUCUUGCCGACUUUCGUUUGCCCUUGAGGUCUCUCCAGCGAAAAAUUUAACAGAAUUUAAGCACGAUGAAAUUCCGCGUGAACAUUCGUCCUGAAUUGAUAAGUUAUUAUCAGUCGGCGCUCCACACUUUUUAAUUGGCGGAAGAAGGGUUUGGAUAAGAACAACAAAUAAGGUCUGGAUUCUAUUUGAGGAAAUCAUACACAAAUUUCGUCGUAAAUUUGAACAAAGGAAACAGCUGGACAGUAUGAACGCCACGCCGAUAUGCUGCGAUAAGAUAAGGCUGCGCUUGUCUCCUUUUACUCGACUGCUUCAUUCCUUCGUUAGUCUUGCCUUGUUUGCUGCUCCGUCACGACGACAGGAAUAACUACAAUUUUAAAACUUCCAAUAAUGGAAGAAUCAUCAAACGAAGUCAUUGAGAAUUGUCCCUACGAUGGCUGUCCUGUUAGACAAAUAAGUUCCGAGUUGAAGGUUCACAAGCAGACUUGCGGUUAUCGGAUCAGACUCGACUGCCAUGUCGAAUGUGGAGUGGAAGAUGUUCCAAUGUGCGAAUAUCUUCUCCACUUGACGACGGUCCACAAGGUCCCCGUGUUUGAGGAGCGAAAAGCCACGGUUUUUGUGCAAAAGACAGGCCCGACAUAUUUCAAGGAUGAAAAUACUCUGAAAUAUCAACCGCUUGGAAUUUUCAAAUUGGACUCGACCCAAUUUCUGGUCAUGGCCGCUGAGGCAGAUUCACACUACUGGCUGUAUUCCAUCAUUCUUAUCGACGACACUCCCACCGCCGAUGCCGCCGCCGCCGCCAGUGGCGACGACGACAAGAAGGAAGGAGGAGGAGGUCGAACUCCGUACUUUUGCAGCUAUCUGCUCGCUCCACCUCCAACGAUGGUCUUGGACACGUCCGAAUACAACAUACUCAGAAACCCGAAAUCCAAUAAAUUCCAUGAAAUGAUGCAAAAUCGGGUUCCUUCACAAUUCGGGAGGGACAGAGUGCUCUCACUCAAAGACUCGUUCGACCCCGAGUUUAACAUGGACUUCUUAUUCCAAAUAGAAAAGCUUGCGACGGGACAGUUCUUCCUCGUCGGCAAGGAGAAAUUUGAGCUCAAAGUGGAGAUUCUUCAUGAAAAGGAAGUAUUCGCUAAACUUAAUCGAUUCGGGGUCGGUCGAGCAACCAAACAAGAAUGUUUCCCAGUAUUAUGCGAUGACGUGAACGAGCAAAGUCGUUUGCUAAUUGAAGCGAGGGACGAGAUCAGACAGCACCAAGUCGACGUUCGGGCCAUUUUCGAGUCCGAGCAGCCCAGCCCUCACGAUCUGAAGCGUCAAUGCCACUUGAGGGCGAGUUUGGGCGAUGUGGCCGAUGAUGAAGUGGUCGAUCACGCUGCUCUCAUGGCCAAGUUCCAGGGGAGCAUGUUUAGCUGAACUUAUCAUUUUUUAGACAACCCUGUUGCUAAUUUUUAUAGGUAAUUAUGUACGUCGCAGUCACUCACAGUCAUUCUGUUUGCAGUUAUCAAUCAAUUAUUAAGUCGACUUCUAAUUCUAUUGUGAUCAGAUUUCAGGAAUAAAGCUAAAUUCAUGGAUUAUUAAUAAAGUUUAAAGUCAUCAAUGU